CGUACACAUAGAAUCAGCUGUUAAGUGCAUUAGCCAGCUGAGAGAAGAGAAAGACUAUCAGAUUGAUGUUUUAAGAGUAUAUGGCUGUCCUGAUGCAGGUUUGCUCAGCCUGUGUCGGCCAAGGCUCCCAUAAUAUGUUGACUUGCUCCAGGGUAGUUCUCUUGUGGUCAGGGUUUACCAGGGUAUGCUGGAUCGGGGUUAAGUCAAGGUUUGGAGCUUGGAGAGAGCUAUUUAUGCAGGUCUAGUGGCUAAGACGAUAUAGGGGGACAUUGGACGCUGAUUGGUUGCUCACUUCGGAGCUCACGUCGAAAUCAGCUGAUUGAGAAAAUAUUAUUACAAGACAGGCAAUAAAAAAGCCGGCAUCCACGGAACACUUUCCUUUAUAACUUUGUGAUCUCAGUCGACGUCUGGUGGAGAGCUCCUACAGAGCAAUCCUUGUGGAGGAAUAAUAUCUAUGGACGCUCACAAGGAAGCAUGUCGAACCGAGUAACAAACGCCAUCAUAUGUGCCGUACUGCUUGGUGUCAUCAGCUGUAGUGUUGCACACAAUCACCAUAGACACGGCAAUAACCAUGGUAACAAUUACCAGAGAGACCGGGCGGCUGAUGACACAAGUCAUCGGUUGCUCGGGGAACACACUCGCAACACACAAGAAGAUGUUGCAGCAGCUGAUACUGCACAAGAGGUUGAGUGUGAAACAUGUGCAAAUGCUAGAAAAUUAGAACAAUUAUCUCCAGAAGAAUUAAAAGCUCUUAGAAUAGAAUACAUAAAACAAGAAAUUUUAAAUAAAUUAAGAAUGACAGAAAGGCCACCUAAAGUGAAUAGCACAAGGCCAAGUUUACCACAGGCCCUUAUUGAAGAAGAUAUUGUCGACGAUGACGUUCCGAUAAACAAUGGUCAUAUGUCAUACAUACAAAAUGAUAAUCCCGAUGAACCACCUGAGUAUUAUGAAAAAACUGAAAAAGUUAUUGUAUUUGGAGAGCCCGUCGUAAACAAAUGUCACGGCACUCGGAAGUCGACCUGUGUGCAUUUCGAGUUUGGGAAUAAGAUUCCUGGUGCAGACAGGGUAUCAUCAGCUAAGUUGUGGGUCUACAAACGCCCAGAUCCUGCUGACAAUCGCUUCAACCAAACACUGACUAUAACCCAACAGCUCGGCGGCCCAAACGCCAGCAGAUUCCAUAGGGGGAAAGUAGUUGGUACCCAAGAGACAGACCUCGAAUAUGGUUGGGUGCAGAUUGACAUGAAACACACCGUCCAUCGUUGGAUGUCCAAGUCGAAGUACCCUAGAACCAUCGAGGUCAGCUGUAAAACGUGUCGCCGAAAUAGUGGAUCUCCUAUAGAAAUUGACGGCGAUCACAAGCCAUUCAUCGUUACAUAUUUACGUGAGAAUCGGCAUCACAGGCGUGAAAGAAGUGCAGCUAUUAACUGUAGUCCUGGAGAAACAAGGUGCUGUAAACAAGAACUCUAUAUCAGCUUUGAGGAGGCUGGUUGGCACGAUUGGAUCAUCAGUCCCAGGGGUUAUUUUGUCAACUAUUGUACAGGAUCCUGUGGAAGAGGAACACUAUCGUUAAAGUACCAGUACCAUAGUCAUUUAAUCAAAGACUUUGCUGAGGCUAAGAACAGGCCACCAAGCCUCAAUAUGUGCUGCAAUCCCUCGAAGCUGAGUUCUAAAUCUCUGACGUACACUGAUCACGACAAUACAGUCAUUACUGCCCAGCUACCCAACUUUGCCGUUGACGCAUGUGGUUGUUCCUAGUAGUGAAGAAAUCAAGGCUAUCAGAACAGAACAGCGGCGCUGGUCGGUAUUAUAAAGGCAUUUAGCGAUAUCGCCAUUUCUAUAACAGUAUUGGGUAUUUAGCUGCAUUGUUCAUCUUAGUCUUCGUCUUUCCCUUAUUGUUAUUUCAGGAAAUCUAAGCGAGCACGAAAUCAAUCAUUUCUAUUCACAUUUUGAGUUAUGCAUAUGGAGAGAAAAAAAAGAAUGUCAAGGUUAGAACCAAAUAUAGAAACAACUAUCAUCGUAUGUUCUCAUUUGAUAGUAUAAGACAUCGCUCGCAGUUUAACUGAUGUAGUUGUAUUUCUAAUGAAAGCUGGAUGGCAUUUCGUUGCCCAAAAUUUAUGAGAGGGAUGUAUUUUGUCAUGAUUCACAAUCAGAUAUUCAUUUUUACUUUGUAUAACAGGAAUAAUUCGAACAUUGCAGUUAUUUGCCGUUUAUAGUGUGUUUGAUGUCGUAUGUGAAGUGGAAGAAAACUGCCUAGAAUUAUCUAGUCCAUACAGAUCUGAUAUAUA